AUGAGAGAAGAGCAGAAGAGCAACAGUGAGCCCAAAAGGGGGAGACUUGAACUGGCUGGACAAGAAGCCUCGGGGUACACGAGGAACCUCAAGAACCACGAUCAGCACUGCAUGGCGAAGAGGUCUCCCAAGAAGGUCGGCGAUGACAUUGCCAAGGCCACGGGCGACUGGAAGGGGCUGCGGAUCACGGUGAAGCUCACCAUCCAGAACAGGCAAGCUCAGAUUGAGGUUGUUCCUUCUGCCUCAGCUCUGAUCAUCAAAGCUCUGAAAGAGCCGCCUCGUGACAGAAAGAAGCAGAAAAACAUUAAGCACAGUGGCAGCGUCAGCUUUGAUGAGAUAGUGAACAUCGCGCGGCAGAUGCGGCACAGAUCCCUGGCUCGAGAGCUCUCGGGGACGAUCAAGGAGAUUCUUGGAACUGCCCAGUCUGUGGGCUGCAGCAUUGACGGCAGGCACCCGCAUGAUAUCAUUGACGACAUCAAUAAUGGUGCAAUUGAGUGCCCAGCUAGCUAAGACUGCAGGAAAGAAGUUGCCCUGUGAAGGCUCCUUAAGGUUUUUUGUAGCACCUUAAAUACUUAAUAAAAGACCCAGCUGUGUGCAAGCAGUG